CUGCAUCUAAAGUACUGUUUCUCUUAGGACAAAAGCUGAGCAGAAAAGUUUACAGGCUGAAGGAUUAGCACUAAUGUGCAUAAUCAUUAGAGAAAUGAUGAAUCUUUUUUGGAUUAUUGGGCUCCUGUGGUCAGGUGUAAUUACCAGUGGUGAUGUCACAGCAGCUCCUGCAGUUGGCACAAGAACUUCAAAAAAUGAAAGCUCUGCCUUUAUGAUUAGCAUAAAAAUAAUCAAUCAAAUUUACAACGAUUCUCUUGAGGACCACCAAUCGCAGAACUAUAAAACACUAAGACAGAAAGUUGAAAAUGUGUUUUUUGAGAUCUACAAAUUUACACCAUCUGUUCAGUAUCAAGAGAUUACAGAGAUGACUUUCAGCAAUGGAUCUGUGAUUGCCAAUUCCACAGUGAUAUUUGGAUCAAAACAAAAAAGUGGAGAGAUUGUGAAGCAGAUCUUUGUUAAAAAUUAUAUGCAACACCACUCACCGCUUAGGUUGGACCUAAACAUCAACUAUACUGCAGAUCAGGAAGCCAUUGCUGUCCCCUCUAUGACAAUAUCCAUCUCCAUCCCCGAAACUCAUGACAACUCUACAAACUCUGCAAUUUCUACAACUUCAGCCUCAAUCAGCACUAAUGGCCUAGACAAAUCAAAAGAUAAAACCCAACCGCCCAAAACUUCCACCCAAGCUCAUUCUAACAACAGCCCUUCCAACAGUCCAUCAGACAACAUGACACCUACUACCAGUCCUUCAAGAACGCACAUGUUCGAUUCUUCAGCCCCAACAAAUCCAAGCCACAACAUUUUGACCACCUCUGCUUCCAGUUUUUCAACCUCAACAUACAUACAAGCAACAAGAAAACAACCACGUCUGCUUCCAUUUCUUCAACCCCAACAACAAAUCCAAGCCACAACAUUUUGA